UGUUUGCGGGAUGCCCCGAGCGGGCGUAUUUUGGAAACAAUACCGCACGGUGCGGAGUGGCCUCCUCCCGCCCAGGCCCACGGCCGCCGCCGCCGCUGCUGCCGCCCUUGCCUGCGCCUCCCGCCACCCGCCGCAGCCCGCUGGGCUUUUUCCCUCCUUCCCAAUCGAGUCUGGGCAUCGCCCCCGAGUGCUCGUCACGCUGGACCCUGGCGCGGAGCCCUGGCAUCACGACUCGGAGGCCGAGACCCUCUCCUGGAGUCACCCAGGGGAGAUGGAGCCAUCUCAGUGUGUGGAGGAGCUGGAGGAUGAUGUGUUCCAGCCAGAGGAUGGGGAGCCAGGGACCCAACCCGGGAGCUUGCUCUCUGCUGACCUGUUUGCCCAGAGCCUACUGGACUGUCCCCUCAGCCGGCUUCAGCUCUUCCCUCUCACCCACUGCUGUGGCCCUGGCCUUCGACCCACCAGCCAGGAAGACAAGGCUACCCAGACCCUCAGCCCAGCCUCCCCCAGCCAAGGUGUCAUGCUGCCUUGUGGGGUGACUGAGGAACCCCAGCGACUCUUUUAUGGCAAUGCUGGCUACCGGCUUCCUCUCCCUGCCAGUUUCCCGGCAGUCUUGCCCCUUGGGGAACAGCCCCCCGAAGGGCAGUGGCAACAUCGAGCAGAGGUACAGAUUGCCCGAAAGCUUCAGUGCAUUGCAGACCAGUUCCACCAGCUUCAUGUGCAGCAACACCAGCAGAACCGAAAUCGCGUGUGGUGGCAGGUCCUCCUCUUCCUGCACAACCUGGCUUUGAAUGGAGAAGAGAACAGGAAUGGGGCAGGCCUGAGGUGAGGCUGGGCUGCCCUCUUCACAUGGGGCACCAGGAACACCGUCUGGAAUAGGAAGGACAUCGGGCAAGACUGACACUGUGUCUUGUGGACUUGUUUUUUUGUUGUUUUGCAUUUUUAUUUUUUAAAUUUCUCUCUGUGUGUACAUAGAACAUACCCAAGUGGGAUCUUCUUUCUCUGUCAGGCCCUUGACUGGGAAUGGGGGCCUUUGUCAAACACUGUUGGAGAGACUGAUGUGUCUGUGACGGUCGGAAUUCCCAAGGGCCCUGACAAGUAGAUUCUUCGACCGGAGAAUCUACCAGUUGUCGAACAUGACCCAUUAGUGGUGUUCUCUGGGGAGUGGACUGUGGUUUUUCCAGAGGAACUCAGUUAAGAAAUUGAGUGGAUCAGAAUCCUAGUUCCACCAAACCCACAGGCCUUCCACUAUGGAUGGGGGCCACGAUUCUGACGGUCAUACCGCUUUAACCCACCGUGGCCUCGGCCAGGGGCUUUCCAGUUGAGGAUGGCAGCUUCCCUAGGCCGGCCGGCCAGCUCCACAUCUGUCUGGGUUCUCACUUGCCCCAGCCAAUGCCUGCCCUAAGGGCUCAAGGAUUUCUACCUGACUCCUGUCACUUCCAGCAGGCCUCAGGGAGGGUUGGGUUUCUCUAAGGACCCCUCAAACAUGUCACAAAAUGAACCAAACUUUUGGCUAGGCCUCAAAUGUGACUUAGUCCCACUUGGAGACCCUGGGAUUAGUCCUGAGGUGCAAAGCCGCUGCCACCACUGGUGGCCUGGGACCAGCUGGGCAGCAUGUGCCUCUGUGAGCUCUUCUUUCAAAAGACCCUGCCGACAGAUUGCAUUCGACCCCCAGUAUCAGCACGGUGGGACAUCCGGGGGCAGGUUUGCAGUGGGGCUGGAAAAUGUGGUGGCCACCCCACCUUAAGAGUCAGCGCUAGAGGACCCCAGACCCCUUGGUUUCCUUGGAAACAACAUACCUCUUCCCCCUCGUCCCUAUUCCUUUUUCACACCUAGUGGGAUACAGAAGAAGCCAGGACAGUGGCUUUGCCAGCUGAAAAGUGACUUUUAGAGUAACAGAUAAAUGAUUAGAGUGGGGAACCGUCAAAGCUGGGUGCACACUUCCUGUCUUCCUCCAGCUUCCAGCCAGGCCAGAAGGGCAUGCUCUGGAACCCAGCAGGAUCACGGCUGCCUCUGCAUGUCUUCCCUUCCCUCCCUGCUGCAGCACUCAUGGAGAGGAUCUAAAGCAGCUGGUGUGGCAGCUCCAAUAGCAGACACAGGGAAUCUGUUAACCAGACGCUAGCAAAUAAAUUAUAACCUUUGCAUAUGUGAGAAAAGACAACAUUGGUGCUAACAGUAAAGUAAGGCCCAAAGAAAAGACGGCUUCCCUGGACAGAGAAGACUCCAGGGCCAUCCAAGGAAAUUGGAGGAGUCCAGAGUAGACUCUGAAACCUGAACAAGCCCAGCCUCUUCUAGUUUUGAAGAGAGGAGGUCUUCAGUACUAUUGAAGGAGACGUUGAUCUUCCAGAUGUACAGUUGUGCAGGUUGUUCACUGCACAAUGGCACCUGCGGAGAGCUAAUGAAGGCUGGAAUUCAGCCAGCAUUCUGCUCACUAAGCUUUGUGCCCUGGUGUGGGGCUACCUCUCCAGAGAAGAAGGGGUGCCUUACCUAAUUUGCACAAAGGUGCUGUAUGGGCUUACAGCACCCUGGAGGAGAAGGGCUUCAAACUGUGCGUGUAAGCCUUUGUUCUGUUCUGCUCAGAUAUUCUGGAGAUAUUACCUCUUCUUGGUCAGAAUUCUGUUCUCAGGGUGUGUACCAUGAUUUGUCUGCUAAGAAGACGGAUUCCUGCUACGCAGAGAAGGAGCCAGGGACCAGCGUGAAGACUGGCUCUGGGACACACUGACCAUUGUGAAAUUCAGCCUUCCCUGUGGGUCUCCCUCCUAUUUCAUGAUGUGUAUGGGACAUAUGCUGAUCUCCUUUCCCUGGAUCAAGGUGGUGACAGGCAGGCUGCUGCUGUAUGUUUCAGCGGCACACACCAAAACACCGGGAUUAUUUAGGCUAGCCACUGUUCACCCCUCUCGGCAGACUCUCCACCUGAGCUUGGUGAGAGAGAAAAUGAUUUAGAUCAUGGUGCUGAGGCAAGGCCAUCAGCUUGGGAGAUCUUGCCGGGCCCAGGCUGGAUGCCCUGUGGCCUGAAGUUGGAGCCCAGACAUUGACAAACCCACCUGAACAUCAAGCCUGGGCAGGUGGAAGGUGGUCUGACUGCCCUGUCUCCAUCUUACACAGUCAGGAACUCACUCAUUGUCUUAAGUGAGCCAGGGCAAAAUUUACACCCCUCACAUUUCUCUCUCCUUCCUCCUCCCCUAAAAAAAACCCAGGAGGUAGCUGGCAGGGUAGCUGGCAGGAAGGAGAAAGAUUCUUUCUGGCUGGCUGUCUUUAAUUGGCUUAGUGAUCUAGAUUGGCCCCUUCCUCCUCUGCCUGGUGAGUUGGCCUAAACAUUCCUCAAGUCUAGCCUCAGGAGACCUGCCCCUCCCCCUGGCCUCCACCCUCUCAGACUCCAUCCCCCACCCCCGGGAGCCUGGCUGUCUGUAGUGAGGGGUGGAGAAUCAGAUUUAGAAGGAGGGAGAGUCUGACCUGGGUCCUGACCUGUAACCAGCUGAAGACGGUAGAGCCUUUGUGGCUUGCUGAGGGUGGGGGUUGGGAGAGGGACUGGAAACCUCCUUCCUCUGGAAGAAAUGCCUGGGAGGAAGGGAAGCCUGAUAUUCAGGGUCAAAACAGUUCUUCUAAUUCAGAACCCCAAAGCAGGGGUUUCUAGAAGUUGGUCGACAGAUCUGGUGGAGGGAACUCCCCAGGCCAGACGUCGGGCUCCCGCAGUGAGGGUGGAGGACUCGGCCUGACCUCUGCCUGGCCUCUUUCAAAGUCUGGGCCAGUGGAGGGCUGCCCCCGCUCCCCCCACCAGGCAGCCUUCUCUUGCUCAAUCCGAGGUGGAAAAAGAUCACCUCCCAGUGACCUCCCCAGCCCCUGGGGGAGUAAGUCUAUGUCCAAAGCUUUGUGGCAGGCUUGUUUCAAGGGCCCAGAGGGGCCCAGGUGACCUGUCUCACUGCCUCUGGCAGCCUAGCCCCAUGCAGGAGGCUCCCACCUGGGGGUUGUUUGGGACAGUCCAGCCAGGGCCUCCCAAGAAGAGUGCUAUGGAGCCACUGUGACUGUCCUGGACAGCAAGGAGCAUGCUACCCCACUGAGCACUUGUCUUCUUUUUGAGGGACUUGGUGGGCAGGUGGGGUAGGGAGAAGGGAAGUGGCAGAUGCAGGAAGACUUUGGCGACUGUGGCUCUUGAGGGUUUCUGCAAAUCAGUGCUGGUCUGGACUAGAGACAGCUCUGUGUGAAGGCAAGGACUCUUGGAAGUGGGCCAUACUGGCCUGAUACCCUAGCAGGAAGGGGCUCACCUGUCACCCUUAAGCAGACUGAGGGCUGGUAGGGACUUUGAGUCUUGAGGGAAUAGCAGAGAAAGCUGAACUCAUAGGUGCCCAGCCAGCCUCCCAGCUGAAGGUGUUCAGAACCCCGUGUAGGCUCCCAGCCCUACACUGCCCCUCUCUCUGCAGGUGGCCAGCGCCCCUCCCUGCUCUGGGUGCAUUGCCCAGCCUUCCACCCCAUCCCUGGAUCCACAGGGGCUGUCACGGGGAAACCCAGUGAGAAUGUAGCAGUUCAUAUAUCCCCAGGGCAGCUGCCCUGGGGUCUGGGCACUCUGCCUCUGGGAGAGGAAGAAGAAAGGGGCCCCAUUUUUUAAAAACUGUACAGAGCCUUUGGCUUUAUGUGUUUAUGUUCUUCACAUGCAUAUAUGUGUAUGUGUGUAUAUCUUCCCCCCAUCAAUUGGUACAAUUUUUAAUAAAAUCAUUUAAAGCAAA